AUGUUGUCCCAAAUUCUCAUUGCUGUUGCGCUCGCUGGCGCCGCAACAGCUGUCACCCCCCCCGGAUUCCAGCCGGCUUCGACUACGGAUCUUGUUGUCGCGUUCGGAAACACGCUCGCUGUCAAUGGCAAGCUGUUGACCAAAGCAGAGACGGCGAUGCAGCCGACGAUUGCCACGAUGCAGCCGUUGACAGGAACUUAUGCGAUCAUGAUGGUCGACCCUGAUAUUCCGCCCCAGCAAGCUGGUGGUCCAACCGGCGAACUCCUCCACUGGAUGCAGCAAGAUAUGACAUCCGCGAACACGAGUACCAUGAUCGGAGACAUGAUGGUAUACGUGCUCCAGAGCAGCGUCGACAACACCGCGGCCAUUGCACCAUACUUCGGCCCUUCGCCCCCAAACAAGGCACCAAACACCCACAGAUACACCCAGCUGCUUCUCGAUACGACCAACAACCCGACAGGCCUGGCAUCACUCACACAAGCUGGAGCGACGAGAACGAACUUCGACGCCGUAAAGGUAGUUAACGCAGCGGGUGUCAAGGUCGUUGCCGGCAACUCCUUCAACGUGAUGAACGUAACAGAUGGCGCCGCUCCAGAAAGUGGCAACACUGCAUCUGUCAACACCACAACGAGCACGAAUGGAAAGCCGGCCCCUGUUGCUGCUGCUCCUGCCAACUCGGCUACUCUCCAGGCGGCAAACAUUACGAAAGUAACCGGGACGCCUCAAUUACCUGGCGCCGCCAUGCCCAGCGGAGGGGCGACAUCAAAUGGGGUUCCUACUACCAGCACAGGCGGCACAACCGGGACAACGGUCAAUGGGACAAGCGGAGCGCAAGGAGUGAGAGGUGCGGGACGGGAUGGUAUGGAGGCAUAUUUUGCCGUCGUUCUGGCACUGACGGCUGCCUUAUUCUUGUUGUAG